AUGCAGAAAAGGUUGAAACAAGUAUCUUCAUCUUCUCCCGGACUUCCAAAUCAUGGCGUCAAUAAUGAAUGUUUAAGUACUCCGUUAUCUAACAUUACAAAUGUUGACGAGGCCAGACGUAGACGAAAGUUAAGAAAAAUAUAUCUUGAUAAUAAGAAAUCAAGAUCUACUUCAACACCAACGAAUACACAAUUGAACAUACCGGCUUCGUUUUCGUUACAAGUUUCUACUUUAGCUGAGUCAAGUUUAAGAACUCCGUUAUCUAACAUCACGAAUGUUGACGAGGCCAGGCGUAGACGAAAGUUAAGAAAACUAUAUCUUGAUAAUAAGAAAUCAAAAUCUACUUCAACACCAUCGAAUACACAAAUGAACAUACCGGCUUUAUCUUCCUUACAAGUUUCAAAUGAUUAUCUUAGAGGUAAUGACUUCAAUUCAUCCGGUAACUUAACAUCUUCCAUGAUAACACGCUCAACUUUGAAGAACGGAAAUGUACCGCAAGACUCUUAUACAACACCCCAGCGUACACCGUUUGCAAACAAAGAAAACGUAACACCAGAUAAUAUUGCAAGCUCAUCAACUUUACCAUUGAAUGAUUGCUAUUCUAUUUCUCCAAGGAUUGUCAACAAACGCAAUGCAUCUUCUUUGAUCACAGAAGUGUCUUCAUUAAAAAAGAUGUCUUCUGGAAAACGUAGACUUAUUCAUAAACCAAUCGAAAUAGAACCCAUACCAAUGGCUGAUCUUGACUCUGAAGAUGUAAAUCAUGUUCACGAAUGUGUUAUAGACAUUACCAAAGGCACAUCUAUAGAUUACCUUGACCAUGGUGAUCAAUCUCUCACUUGUGGAAUAUGUUAUGGAAAGUUAUGGCCAACCGAAGGUGGAAAGGGUCGGAUUACACUUGAACAGCAAACAUAUGGUUUAUGUUGUGGUUAUGGUAAAGUUGACCUACUUGAUUAUAAAGAUUCUGAUCCAGCUUAUCAGAUGCUUUUUCUAUGUUCAGAUUCAGAAAGCAAAUUUUUCAUGAAGAACAUAAGACGUUACAAUUCUAUGUUUUCCUUUACAUCCAUGGGAGGAAAAGUAGAUACUAAAAUAAACAAAGGUAAUGCUCCAUUUGUUUAUAGAAUCAGCGGUCAGAAUGCACAUAGUCUGGGUAGCCUUCUUCCUAAACCCGGAAACAAACCAAAAUUUUCACAGCUUUAUAUCUACGAUACCGAGAAUGAACUUUCGAAUAGAACAACGUUAUUUGGGGGUUCGACAACUCAGUCAUCGUCAAAAGAAAGGGCACUUGACGUUAAAUUUAUAAAGUAUCUUACCGACAUGUUAGAUUCUCAUAAUAUGUUGGUAAAAACUUAUAGGAUAGUACGAAACCAUAUUCAUGAGAAUCCUAAGGUUUCUCUUAAGCUUCGGUUAAUUUCACAGAGAGAUCGGGAUGGUAGGACUUACAACUUACCUACGUCUUCUGAAAUUGUUGCUUUAAUUGUCGGCGAUAUGGAUAAGACGAUAGAUCAUCGUGAUAUUAUUGUUGAAGAGCAGUCAGGAGUUCUUAAACGUAUUAGCAAGCUACAUCCUUCCUACCUUGCUCUACAGUAUCCAAUUCUUUUUCCGUAUGGUGACGAUGGCUAUAGGAUUAACAUUCCGCAUAGGGAUUUUGGUCCUAACACAAAGAAGACACGGCCAAAUUGUACAAUGAGAGAAUUUUUUGCUUAUAGGAUUCAGGAUAGGGACAACAAGUUCUCUUUAAUCCUUAAUGCCAGGAGUCUUAAAAAAGUUCAAGAAGGUGGCCAGAGUGAUUUGUCUCAUACAGGAAAACCUGUUAUAUUACCGUCAUCGUUUACCGGUGGAUCUCGCUAUAUGAUGCAAAACUACCUGGAUGCUAUGGCUUUAUGUAGGACGUAUGGGUAUCCCGAUUUCUUUAUAACAAUUACAUGUAAUCCAAAAUGGCCCGAAAUGGUAAGGUUUAUUGGUGACUCAUCAAUUAAGCCAGAAGACAGACCUGACAUUCUUUGUCGAUUGUUUAAGAUGAAACUUGAUGCAUUAAUAAAAGACAUGAAGGAAAAAAAGAUUUUUGUUGUUUAUACUGUCGAGUUUCAAAAAUGUGGUUUGCCACAUGCGCAUAUAUGCUUAUUUAUAAAAGCUGAUCAUAAGCUUCCUACUGUUGAACACAUCGAUCCCUUUAUCUCAGUUGAGAUUCCUGAUAAGAAUGAAGAUCCUGAAUUGUAUUCUCUUGUGAGUGACUUUAUGAUUCAUGGUCCUUGUGGACACGCUAAUUUGAAAUGUCCAUGCAUGGUAGGCAACCGUUGUUCUAAAAAUUUUCCAAAGAGGUUUAUGGAAGCUACUUCCAUUGAUUCAGAUGGAUUUUCCGUUUAUAGAAGAAGAGAUUCGGGUCGCACAGUUGUGAAGAAAGGUGUUACAUUGGACAACAGGAGCGUCGUUCCAUACAACAAAAAGAUUCUUAAAAGAUAUCAGGCGCACAUCAAUGUCGAGUGGUGCAAUCAGGCUGGUUCAAUUAAGUAUUUGUUUAAAUACAUUAAUAAAGGACCAGACAGAGCGACUGUUGCUGUUGUUGAUUCAGAUAAAGGAACUGAAGAGGAGAUCCCCAAAGAUGAAAUUAAAGAAUCUUAUGAUGCUAGAUAUGUUUCCGCAUACGAAGCAAGCUGGAGAAUAUUUGCCAAUGAGGUUCAUUAUAGGUAUCCGUCUGUUAUGAGAUUACCUUUUCAUCUUCCAGACCAACAAAAUGUUGUAUUCAGUGGUGAAGAUGAUAUCGAAGAUGUCCUAAACAAACCUCAAGUAAAUUCCUCAAUUUUUCUAGGAUGGAUGAACAUGAACAACAACGAUUCUGAACCUGAAGCAAGGGAACUUACUUAUGUUGAGUUUCCAGGAAAAUAUGUCUGGAAGUUAAAGAAUCGGUGUUGGCAGCCGCGUAAAACUCAUGUUUCGGUUGGGAGAAUUUAUUCUGUGUCUCCUUCUCUUGAAAUCCGAACCUAUGAUGGUGUUGUGUAUCCUACCUUUAGAGAUGCGUGUUAUGCACGUGGGCUGUUAGACGAUGACAAUGAAUAUAUUGAGUGUAUUAAAGAAGCCAGUUUCACAGGAAAUGGUAAUUAUCUGCGUUGUUUAUUUGGUACACUACUAUUGUCUAAUACACUAUCAAGACCUGAAGUUGUUUGGGAUAAGAUGUGGGAGUUUUUAUCCGAAGACAUUUUAUACAAUAUGCGGAAGGAUACUGACAUUAGAGGAUUGGUUGUUUCAGACGAACGUAUAAAGAAUAUAACGUUGUCUAAAAUUGAAAAAUAUCUUCUUUGUAAUGGUUCAAGUUUGCGCAGAUUCUCACCAAUGCCUGUUCCUGACGAUGAGUCUGUAAUACCCGAGAGCAACCGUCUAAUAAACGAGGAGCUUUCUUGGGACACUGAUCAACUUAGUGCUGAGUUCAAUAAUCUUCACAGCUCUUUAAAUGAUGAUCAAAGAGCAGUGUUUAACGAGAUUAUGGAUGUUGUUCGAAGUGGGAAUGGUGGUGUUUUUUUUGUGUACGGUUACGGUGGUACAGGUAAGACCUUUCUGUGGAAAACAUUAGCUACUUGCAUUAGAUGCAAUGGACAGAUUGUUAUUAAUGUUGCUUCAAGUGGUAUUACAUCAUUGUUGUUGUCACGAGGUCGUACGGCUCAUUCACGAUUUCAUAUUCCAAUUAAUCUUAAUGAAGAUUCGGUUUGCCACAUUAAACCUAAUACUGAAAUCGCUAAUCUUCUAAACGAAGCCAAGUUGAUUAUUUGGGAUGAAGCGCCAAUGGUACACAAACAUGCUUUCGAGGCUCUUGACCGUACAUUGAAGGAUGUUUUGAGUGUUCGUGAUUCACGAAAUUCUGAAAUUCCAUUUGGUGGAAAGGCUAUUGUCUUUGGUGGUGACUUUAGACACAUCCUACCGGUUGUUCAAAAUGGAAGCAGGCAAGACAUCGUACACGCCUCUUUAUGUUCAUUUUACAUUUGGUCGAGUUGCAAGGUCUUAAAAUUGACAAGGAACAUGCGUUUAUCUGUUGGAGAAAGUAGCUCAAACAUACAGGAGAUACACGAGUUUGCUAAAUGGCUUCUUGAAGUUGGCGAAGGCAAUGUUGGUGAUGGUAACGAUGGCGAGGCAACUAUAGAAAUACCAAACGAUCUUUUAAUAACUGAUUCAACUGAUCCAAUUCAAAGUUUAAUCGACUUUGUAUAUCCUUCAGUUCUUGACCAUUUUAAAUAUCGAGACUACUUUUCUGAGAGAGCCCUACUUGGGCCUAAGAAUGAAGUUGUUCAUGGUAUCAAUGAUCGUUUGCUUGCAUUGUUUCCCGGUAAAGAAGUAGAGUAUCUUAGCUCGGAUAGUAUAUGCCCGACUGAGGAAAUAAAUGAUCCAUUACACCAAGAUUUAUAUAAUCCUGAGGUUUUAAACAGUGUGAAGGUUUCAGGAUUACCAAAUCAUAGAUUGGUAUUAAAGUUGGGUGUUCCAGUGAUGCUUUUGAGGAAUAUUGAUCAGCAAAACGGUUUAUGUAAUGGUACGCGUCUUCAAAUUACACGUCUUGGUAAACGUGUUAUCGAGGCUGAGAUAUUAUUGGGAGGUAAUGUUGGUUUAAGAACUUACAUUCCAAGAAUUAACAUGAUACCGUCUGACAAGAAAAUACCCUUCAAGUUUCAACGGAGGCAGUUUCCAAUAACCGUAUGCUUUGCGAUGACUAUUAACAAAAGUCAAGGACAAUCUCUAUCAAGAGUCGGUCUUUACUUGAGAGACCCUGUAUUUUCACAUGGCCAAUUGUAUGUAGCGUUGUCGAGAGUGAAGACUAAAGAUGGCGUCAAGCUUUUAAUAUCUGACAAGGAUGGGAGGCUGACAAAUAAAACGACGAACGUAGUUUACAAAGUGAUCUUUGGGAAUUUGUAG